AUGAAGAGCCCGGAGGAGCCUGCUGGGGGUGAAACCGUCGGAGAGAACGACGACUGGGAGCAAGGAAAUCAAUCAGACACAUCCUAUAAUAAGAUUCUGCUCCUCGCUGAUCCAUGGAAACCAUGCCGACGGUCCCGUGCAACUGUCAAAGCGGGGCUGCUGAAGCUGAGGUGUUGUCUGGGAUCAUUGUGUGGGAUGGAGUGGUACGGCUUUGCUGCUCUGGGCAUUCUGACGGCCAUCCUCAGCUUCCUGAUGGACUUCAGUGUGACAAAGCUGCUGCGAGCACACCAGUGGCUUUAUGUGAAGCUGGAGGGCCACAGCCUGCUGCAGUUCUUCUGCUGGACUCUUUACCCAGCAUGCCUCUGUGCUGUCGCAUCAUCGUUCUCCCACAACAUCUGUCCCUUCUCCACAGGCUCGGGGAUACCAGAGGUGAGGACCAUGCUGGCCGGCAUUGAAAUGCCUCAUUACUUGUCUCUCACUAAUAUGUUUACCAAGUUCCUGGGCCUUAUCUGUACACUGGCAGCCGGCAGCACUAUUUUCCUGGGCAAAGUGGGUCCGUUUGUGCAUCUUUCCACCAUGGUGGGAGCCUACCUGAGUAACCUCUGCACUCUUGUACAAGCCAAUAACAAGGAAGAAGCUGCUGGAGAAAUGCUGGUUGUAUCUGCUGCAGUCGGCGUAGCCAGCUGCUUCGGAGCUCCCAUCAGUGGUGUGUUGUUCAGCGUGGAGGUGAUGUGUUCUCACUUUGCCCUGAGGCAUUACUGCCCAUGUUUCUUCUCGGCCGCCUGUGGGGCGUUGACGUUCCGCCUCUUCUCAGUGUGGAGUGGAGAUGGAGUGACUCCUCAGGCGUUGUUCAAAACUAAUUUCCCCUCUGCUUUACCUUUCUACCCACUGGAGAUUCUUCUGUUUGCCUUCCUGGGGCUGCUGUGUGGAGCUGUGAGCUGCUGCUACCUCUUCUGCCAUCGGUGGAUCCUGCACUUCACCAAAACAAAUCCGAUCUUCAUCAAAAUGCUGACGACAGAGAAGGGUCUAUACUCAGGCACGGUGGCCUUCCUCCUGGCAUCUCUGACAUUUCCUCCCUCUGCUGGUCAAUAUAUGGCUUCUCAGCUCACCAUGAAGCAGCUCCUUACCUCCUUGCUGGAUAGCAGGCAGUGGAGCUCUCAAUCCCACAAUGCCUCUGUUCAACUGGGGCCCGAGCCUUUGUUGGAGUGGAGCUCAUCGGGCAGCCCAGUCCUUUCUCUGGCUGUCUUUCUGCUCAUGAAGAUGUGGAUGUUGGUCCUCGCCUGCACACUGCCUCUUCCAGCUGGAUACUUCAUGCCAGUUUUUGUCUAUGGGGCAGCUUUGGGCCGGUUGCUUGGAGAAGGAGUAGCUUAUGUGUCUUCCACUGGAUUGACUUCAGGCCAGCAGUGGGCUUCUAUAAAUCCUGGGGGCUAUGCACUGGCUGGUGCAGCAGCCUUCUCCGGGGCUGUGACACACACCUUGUCCCCAGCGCUCCUGGCUCUAGAGUUAACGGGUCAGUUCAGCCACGCUGUACCAAUCCUCCUCGCCACUCUGCUGGCCAAUGCCCUGGCUCGCUCCGGGCACCGCCCAUCUUUCUAUGACGCACUCUCAAUCUCCAAGAGGUUACCACACCUGCCCUCUCUGGUGAAGGCAUGCCCCCGGCUUCCCUCUACACCAGUCGGACAGGUUUUGGGAGCAAACUCAGUGCAGCUUCAGAAAGCAGCUGUGUCAGUGGAGGUGCAGCAUGCUGUCAACACCAGCACUCACACACAAAUCCCUGUGGUGGACUCACAUGAGUCACAGGUUCUACUGGGCUUUGUUCUCCGGUCGGAGCUGCUGAUGUUCCUGCGUCACUGCACGGCUGAGACUCUGGAGAAACAUCUGGAUGAGGUCUGCUGCAUUUACCCGACCUCUGUCCUGUUAUCACCUCACAACACCGUUCAGGAGGCCCACAGUAUCCUGAGUCUGGUUGGAGUUCAGACCUUGUUCGUCGCAGACAGGGGAAGGCUGGUCGGGAUCAUCACGUGGCCAGAGAUGAAGAGAAUAUUAGAAGACUUGGCCAAAGAAAUCUAA